AUGCUUCCAGUAUCAGAGGCAGAACCCAUCUUUUAUUACCAAGGCAGGCUUCAGGGAAACCUCCAGGAUAGGUUUAUGUGUAUGCUACAGGGGACACAGAAGAAGGAUGAGCAACCUCUGGUUAACAUCCACACAGAGCUGUACAUCACAUCUGGGGGUGACAUACACAUCAACACACAGCAUGAGGUCAGACAGAUUGAGACAGCAGGGAAGCCAGCAGACACUGAGAAAACGAUUCAACCCAGUGACAUGUUCAAGCACCCAUCUGGAGAAUACAGACCCAUCAGGACAGUUCUGACCAAUGGAAUCGCAGGAAUUGGAAAAACAGUCCUUGUACAUAAGUUUGUGUUGGACUGGGCCGAAGGAAGAACCAAUCAAGAUGUGCAUCUCAUUUUCCCCUUCACCUUCCGUCAGCUGAAUCCACUGAAGGAGGAAAAGUUUAGUUUGGCAGAGCUCAUUCAUGAAUGCAUCCCAGAAACUAAAGACAUCAAGGAGGAGGCUCUAAAUCACAUCUUUACAACUCUGCAGUCAUCAGGAAACACCAACUUUGACAAGAGUCCAUUCAAACUUCUGUUUGUGUUUGAUGGACUGGAUGAGAGCCGCCUUCAAUUGGACCUUAAUGAUAUUGGCAAUCUUGAUGUAACAAAGUCGACUGAUGUGGAAGUCCUGCUGAGCGUUUCUUCGGGUGAAAGAAUGUCACAUGGAGAAGCAGACUCUCUGCCUGCUGUGCCUCCAGAGUCAUCACAAUGUGCUACAACUCAGAGAGAAGCAGCAAGCACAACAAACACCGCCCAGAAUGGAUCUAUUGCCUACCAUCCUCAGCUGACAGGUGUUAAUGUUGAAGGGAAUAUAACUACGAAUAUCAACAACACAUAUGUUCAAGCUCCUGCCAGGACAGACGAGACUACUGCUUCUCCAAAAACCAAAGAAAACAUCCAAAGGUGCCAAGAAGAACUAAAAUCUUACCUUGAAAAUAAAACAGAGAAUCUGUUUCAAGGAACAAAGGAAGAUGGAUCAUCAACUCCUAUGAACAAGAGCUAUACAAAGUUAUACAUCACAGCGGGAGGCAGUGGGGAGGUUAAUAGUGAACAUGAAGUUGUUGUAUUAGAAUGUAGAAGGUGUACGAGUGAGGAGGAAAUCCAACUCAAUGACAUUUUGAAAGCUUUACCAAACGAAGACAAGCCCCCACAGAGAGUUCUGACAAAGGGAAAUGCCGGCAUCGGAAAAUCUGUUGCUGUGCAGAAAUUCACUCAUGACUGGGCAGUUAGAGAAGCAAACCAAAGCUUUCAGUUCAUAUUUCCAUUCACAUUCAGAGACCUGAAUUUAUUAAAAGAUAAGCCUUAUAGUCUUGUGGGUUUAAUAGCUGAAUACUUUGAAGAAGUGAAGGAUUUGAACACUUCAGACUACAAAAGUUGUAGUAUUUUGUUCAUCUUCGAUGGCCUGGAUGAAAGCAAACUCCCGCUUAACUUUGAGGAAAAUGAGAUAUGCCGCAGCGUUACAAAGACGACGACAGUAGACGCCUUACUGACCAACUUAAUCUCAGGGCAACUGCUUCACAAAGCCUCGGUCUGGAUCACAAGUAGACCGGCUGCAGCCAGUAAGAUUCCUCCCGAGUUCAUCAACAGAGUGACCGAGGUACAAGGCUUUAAUGAUGAGCAGAAGGAGGAGUACUUUCUAAAGAAAAUCAGUGACAUCAGUAUGGCUCGAAAGAUCUGCGAUCAUCUUCAGUCAAAGCCGUUGAGAACUCUGUACAUCAUGUGCCACAUCCCAAUGUUCUGUUGGAUUAUAGCCACCGCUCUUCAGAGUCUCCUCACAGGAACUCACGAUAGUGAGUUACCCAAGACUGUGACUGAAAUGUACACACACUUCCUGAUUAUCCAUACAAAGAGGAACAAUCAGAAGGAUUAUCAGGAAGUUGAAACAGACAAAGGAAGAAAAAAAGAAAGUGAUAAAGAUGUGAUCAUGAAAUUGGGAAAGUUGGCAUUUGAACAGCUACAGAAAGGCAACAUAAUCUUCUAUGAAAAAGAUCUGAAGGAGUGCAAAAUUGACCUGAAAAAAGCUGCAGUUUAUUCAGGAGUUUGUACACAGAUCAUAAGGAAAGAAUCAGGUCUUCACAGAGAGGAGGUUUACUCUUUUAUACAUUUAAGUGUGCAGGAGUUUCUUGCAGCUCUGUAUGUGUUAGAGACCUUCAUAGAGAGUGGACAAAAUCUGCUUCCCAGCCAGUCAAAUGUUAGAAUCAGGUCACAGAAUGUAGAAAGCCUUCUUGUACUUCACAAGACUGCAGUGGAUAUGGCCUUAGCCAACGAUCACGGACAAUGGGACUUUUUUCUGCGCUUCCUGCUUGGUCUGUCACAGGACAAGAAUCAGAAUCUUCUUCAGAAAGUGUUUGGAUUUGAAGUAAGAUGUCCAGUGAAUAACCAGGAAACAAUCAAGUACAUUCACAGGAAGAUCAAGAAUCUGUCCAAUACCGACAAGAGUAUCAAUCUUUUCCAGUGUUUAAAUGAACUUGGUGACCAGUCUCUAGUAGAGCAAGUCCUCAAGUAUCACAACUCAGGAGAUGUUAGUAAAAUUUCACCUGCACAUUGGUCAGCUUUGGCCUUUGUAGUGCGUCUUUCUAACGAAGACCUGGAUGUGUUUGACCUGAAGAAAUACUACAAGUCAGAUGAAGUUCUGGGGAGGCUGCUGCCAGUGCUCAAAGCAUCAAAGACCGCUCUGCUGAGUGACUGUAACCUCACUGAUACAUGCUGCGAGUAUCUUUCAUCAGUUCUCAGCUCAAAGUCUUCUGGUCUGGAGGUGUUAGACCUGAGCAGGAAUCAACUGCAGGACUUCGGAGUAAAGCUCCUCUCUGAUGGCCUCAGGAGUCCCAACUGCAAACUCCAGAAACUCAGACUCAGUGGCUGUAAUCUGACAGCAAGAUGUCGUGAAGGUCUGUCGUCAGUUCUCAGCUCCCAGUCCUGUAGUUUGAGAGAGCUGGACCUGAGUAACAACAACCUGCAGGAUUCAGGAGUGACGCUGCUCUCCGUUGGACUGGAGAGUUUAAACUGUAUAUUGGAGUCUCUCAGACUGUCAUCCUGUCUGAUCACAGAGGAAGGCUGUGCUUCUCUGGCCUCAGCUCUGAACUCCAACCCCUCCCAUCUGAGAGAGCUGGACCUGAGCUACAAUCAUCCAGGAUACUCAGGAGUGAAGCUUCUGUCUGCUAGACUGAAGGAUCCACACUGGAGACUCAAUACUGUCAGACUGACCAGCUGUAAUCUGUCAGAGAGAAGCUGUGCAGCUCUGUCUUCAGUUCUCAGCUCCCAGUCCUCUAGUCUGAGAGAGCUGGACCUGAGUCACAACAACCUGCAGGAUUCAGGAGUGAAGCAGCUUUCUGUUGGCUUGAAGAGUUCACACUGUACUCUGAAGACUCUUGGACUGUCAGGAUGUCUGGUCACAGAGGAAGGCUGUGCUUCUCUGGCCUCAGCUCUGAGCUCCAACCCCUCCCAUCUGAGAGAGCUGGACCUGAGCUACAAUCAUCCAGGAGACUCAGGAGUGAAGCUACUAUCUGCUGGACUGAAGGAUCCAAACUGGAAACUCGACACUCUCAGACUGGAUCAUGGUGGAGAGCAGAGGCUGAAACCUGGUCUGAGGAAGUAUAUCUGUGAACUCACACUGGACACAAACACAGCACACAAGAACCUCAAACUGUCUGACAACAACAGGAAGGCGACAGCAGUGAAAGGGAAGCAGUCAUACCCUCAACAUAAAGACAGGUUUGAUUGGUGGCAUCAGCUGAUGUGUACCGAUGGUCUGAUUGGUCGCUGUUACUGGGAGGUUGAGUGGAGAGGAGAGGUUCAUAUAUCUGUGACUUACACAGGAAUCAGAAGGAAAGGACGCAAGGUUGACUGCAGGUUUGGAAGGAAUGAUCAGUCCUGGAGUCUGAGCUGCUCUGGUGGUCAUUACUCUGUUUGGCACAAUAAGAAACAAACAGUCCUCCGCACUUCCCCUCCCCCCUCCCCCUCCCCUCCCUCCUACCCUUCCCCUCACUCCCCCUUGAUCUUACCCUCCUCCUCCUCUGUCUCUAACAGAGUAGCAGUGUAUGUGGACUGUCCUGCUGGCACUCUGUCCUUCUACAGAGUCUCCUCUGACACACUGAUCCACCUCCACACCUUCAACACCACAUUCACUGAACCUCUGUAUGCUGGGUUUGGGUUGAGGUCUGGUUCAGUGACUCUGUGUUAA